GGAAAUUCAGAGAAACCCAAAUGGAGGAGUAUCUCCUUACAGAUGAAACCCUAGUUCAUUGAUUUCGCGUAUCUCACGAUUCUUCACAUCGAAGAAAGUUCAUAAUGGCUCUCAAGAACAGGAAAGAUCACUGGGCGUUUCUGGACGAAAUUGAAGCACCGAUUUGGGUAGACCUUGUUGCAGAGGCUAAGCUCAAUGGCAAUGGCAUUGAUGAUGAGUGGUUCCACAAGAGGCAUCCGUUCCACCAGUGUUCUUCUCGUGAGUUAAAAUCUGUCUUUUCUCGUUUUGGUGAGGAGGGUUUUACCACUGAGUCAGACUUGCUGGGAGAAUCUUCACCAGCACUUCCACCAUCAGUCUCAAGAUCGAGGGGAAAGGAUUACAGGAGCAACAACUGGAGAGGGGAUUAUGGUGAUGGUUCAUUGAAUAAACAACAGCCAGUCCAAGUUAAAGGGAAGUCUUCAGGUGUGUUUUCAGGAGCUGCUGAGCAGAUAAAACCUAAAUUGAGCUUUGUAAAUUUGAAAGGAACUUCCAGUUCAACAACAAGUUUAGUUCCUCAAAUUACUAGAAAUGUUAAAGGAAAACAGGUGAAACUUGUAUCUCCCUGUGUGGAUUCAGCAAGUAUCUCAAGUCCGUUUGCAGAGAAGCCUGGUGAAAGCAAUACAGGAAGCACAGUUACAUCUGAGAACAUUCCAAAACAGCAGCAAACAUCUUUUGAGAUAUCAAGUCGACCAAUUGGUCAAACAAGUGAUCUUUUAUCAUCAGUGCGGAUCAGUCUUAGGAGAAGUCAUGUUACAAGACAAGCAUCAAGGGUUGAGAUUAAUGCUGAUAGGAGGGGUUCUAGAGAGCAUAAGUCUUCAUCCAGCAAGUCAAGUGUUGGUUCCUCUUCAUACCCUGCUUGUGAUGGUAAGAGCACAACUGUUGCAUCAGUAAAGAAUAAAGAACAAACCCCAGAUAGCAGAAAUGUGGCAAGGAUAAGUGAAGCUGCAAAGAAUAGGGAGAGAGUUUCUAAGAUGUAUUCUAAGAUGUAUAAUACACCUGGUGUUCAAGUUAAGGGAGGGACCACUGUUCUGAAACCAACCUGCAGGGAAACUUCAAUAUCAAAGGUCCAUCAUACUCUUCAGUCUAAAGCUUUAUCAUAUAGAGUUAACAAGCAAAAUUCCAUUGCUAAUGGUUCUACAAAGGCUAAUGGAAAAGUAGGAACCAACAAGCUCAACAAAGGGACGACUGUCGGAAAAGAAAAUGCAAUAGGGAGAAUUUCCGUGAGUCAGGAAUGCAACAGUAAAGCCAAUGCUGCUGGAGGCAUGGAUGGAGGUCGUAAAGGGAAAAAACCUUGUGCACCUUGGAAGGGUGGUGGCACAGGAUUGGUUGUUUCAAAGGGAAAAGUUGGACAUUUGAAGGAAGGGAAGAAGUUAACUAAUGUUGUUCAUAUGCGAUGAGGUAGUGGUGCAAAAAAGGGAGAAAGAGAAACAAAAAAAUGGAAAAAGAAAAUUUGAAAGAAAAGUUUGUAUAUGAUAUAGCAUCUAAAAGCAAGCAUGAUUUGGAAAUGGGGCAGCAAAAGAUUUGACACUGCAUUGUCUCACAUUUUUGCAGUAAAUUUGGUUAUUGUCUGUUCCUCUUCUCUGGUCGUGAUCUGCCUCUUAUAUUCAAUUUAUAGGUGUUAAUUUUUCACACAUUUUUUGUGAAGUAACAAAAUGCAUGGAGUCUUUGCUCAUAUAAAACUUUUUUACAAAA